AUGCUGUCUACUCUACUGGCGGCUCUCGCCGGCCAUGUCGCCCUCACCGGUGGCUACGCUAUUCAAAAGCGAGCUACAACUCCAGCCGCUUACGCUUCCAAUUCCAAUGGUAGCUAUGCUCUCACAUCCAUCGCAGCACCUGUUCAAGGUGCUGGGUCUCCCGAUUCGGAGUCAACAUGGCAGCUCAGCGUCGAUGAUACUUCGUCUGGAUACAAACAGACCAUCACUGGGUUUGGGGCUGCUGUUACUGAUGCCACUGUGACUUCCUUCAACACUCUUUCAAGUGCCAACCUUAGUCAAUUGCUGAAUGUCUUGAUGACUUCCACCGGUGCCGACUUCAGUUUGAUGCGUCACACUAUUGGAUCCUCUGAUUUAUCUGGAGAUCCUGUCUACACGUACGACGAUAACGGCGGCGCUGUCGAUACAUCCAUGUCUGGGUUUAACAUAGGAGACAGAGGUACCGCAAUGGCUGAGAUGCUAGCAACUAUGAAGUCCCUGCAGCCAAACUUGAAAGUUCUUGGCUCUUCCUGGAGCCCCCCGGCAUGGAUGAAACUGAACAACAGGCUGGACAAAAGUACAAAAAAUACCACGCUUGGUCAAAGUAUAACAAACAACACGCUUGAUGACGGCCACUCUGGUACUGGCGUUGGAAGUGCUGGGUAUUCCAGUGAAUUUGCUCAAUACUUUGUCAAGUACAUCCAAGCAUACACGGCCUUGGGUGCGAACAUUGAUGCCAUAACCAUCCAAAACGAACCGUUGAACAGCCAGUCCGGCUAUCCUACAAUGUACAUGCUUGAUUCUGAGCAAGGAAGUUUAAUCCAGAGCUACGUUGGCCCAGCCCUUGCCAGCGCAGGACUGAAAACUGCAAUUUGGGCUUAUGACGACAACACGGACGUUCCAUCCUUUCCUCAAAAUGUCUUGGACACGGCUAGCCAAUAUGUGAAUACCGUCGCAUGGCACUGCUAUGCCUCCUCCAAUGAUUGGUCCGUCUUGACCAACUUCAAGAACAAGAACCCAAAUGUCACCCAAUACAUGACCGAGUGCUGGACUCCCCCAUCUGGAAAAUGGUACCACUCUUCAAACUUUACCAUGGGGCCUCUUCAGAACUGGGCUUCUGGAGUCAUGGCUUGGACACUGGGUACGAAUAGCUCCUACGGUCCACACUUGUCAGAGGGUGGAUGCCACACCUGCCAGGGACUAGUCACAGUCAACGACGACGGUACCUAUACCUUGCAGCUCGCGUACUAUCUGAUGGCCCAAUACAGCAAGUUUAUCCCACCCGGCGCGAUUAUUUUGAACGGCUCUGGAAGUCAUACCCGCUCUGGCGUGGGCGGUAUCCAGUCUGUUGCCUCGUUGAACCCUGAUGGUACUCGCACCGUUGUUAUUCAGAACACCCUCUCCAGUGAUGUUUAUGUCAAUGUGACUACUACCAGUGGUCAAGAAUGGAGUGGUAUUGUUCCGACGCAGUCUGUUGUGACAUGGCUGCUGCCUGCUGUCUAA